CUUAAAAUAAGAAGCCUAAGAAGCUAUACAUAUGGCGUGAACUUAACAAGAGGACAGAGAAGCACAAACUUGAGAGAGAGAGAGAGAGAGAGAGAGAAAGAGAGAGAGAAAUGGCAGAUGAAAGCAAUGGAAGCUCAGAGAGUUUUGUUAAGAUUCCAGAAAUAAAGUUCACGAAGCUCUUCAUCAACGGAAAUUUCGUCGAUUCCAUUUCAGGUAAAACAUUUGGGACAAUAGACCCAAGAACAGGGGAAGAGACAGCAAGGAUAGCAGAGGGAGACAAGGAAGAUGUUGAUUUAGCUGUCAAGGCUGCCCGAGAUGCAUUCGAUCAUGGCCCUUGGCCUCGCUUACCUGGUUCUGCAAGGCGAAGAAUAAUGAUGAAAUAUGCAGACUUAAUCGAGGAAAAUAAAGAAGAACUAGCUGCAUUGGACACCAUUGAUGCGGGGAAAUUGUUCAGUUGGGGAAAGGCCGUGGAUAUUCCUGUAGUAGCAGAAAUGCUGCGUUACUAUGCCGGUGCAGCAGACAAAAUUCACGGAGAGACAUUAAAAAUGUCGAGGGAGCUUCAAGGGUACACAUUGCGCGAGCCUGUUGGCAUUGUCGGACAUAUCAUCCCCUGGAACUUCCCAAGUUCCAUGUUCUUCAUGAAGGUUGCACCAGCAUUGGCAGCUGGCUGCACCAUGAUUGUCAAGCCUGCUGAGCAGACACCCCUUUCUGCUCUUCGCUAUGCUCAUUUGGCUAAGCUGGCUGGAAUCCCAGAUGGAGUCAUAAAUGUUAUAACAGGAUUCGGACCAACUGCCGGUGCUGCCAUUGCUUCUCAUAUGGACAUUGAUAAGAUAAGUUUUACCGGGUCCACAGAAGUAGGAAGGCUUGUAAUGGUAGCAGCAGCAAAAAGCAACUUGAAAGCAGUAUCACUUGAGCUGGGAGGCAAGUCCCCUGUGAUAAUCUUCGACGAUGCAGAUGUUGACAAAGCUGCUGAUCUUGCUCUCCUCGGAAUUAUGUAUAACAAGGGAGAAGUUUGUGUGGCUGGAUCACGUGUUUUUGUACAAGAAGGAAUUUAUGAUGAAAUAGUGAAGAAGUUGGAAGAGAAGGCAAAGACAUGGGCUGUUGGAGAUCCUUUUAAUCCUACUGUUCGUCAUGGACCUCAGGUUGACAAGACCCAGUUUGAGAGAAUACUAUCAUACAUUGAGCAUGGAAAGAGAGAAGGAGCCACAUUGUUAACUGGUGGCAAGCCAUGUGGCCAAAAGGGAUACUAUAUUGAGCCAACAAUUUUCACUGAUGUCAAGGACAACAUGGUAAUUGCAAAGGAGGAAAUAUUUGGGCCUGUCAUGUCACUCAUGAAAUUCAAGACUGUGGAAGAGGCAAUAGAGAGAGCAAAUGCAACAAGAUAUGGACUAGCAGCAGGGAUUGUGACAAAUGACUUAAACUUGGCAAAUACAGUUUCAAGAUCAAUAAGGGCAGGAGUCAUUUGGAUCAAUUGUUAUUUUGCAUUUGACAUGGAUUGCCCUUAUGGAGGCUUCAAGAUGAGUGGGUUUGGAAGAGAUUUGGGAGUGGAUGCUCUUGACAAGUAUCUUCAAGUCAAAUCUGUUGUCACUCCCAUCUACAAUUCUCCUUGGCUUUAAAUCCAUCUCUCUCUCUCAACUUAAUAAGUAGUUGACAAAAAUAAUGUUAUACAUAAACGAUUUACUCGUUAAAUUUUUAUUUUUAUCUUUUAUAAACAGACA